CCUAAAGCAGAGUCCCUGGGGCGCAGCGCGCAGAGUAAGGCCGAGACGCACCAGCCGCUCGCGGCCAGAGUGCCGGGGUACGCGCCGGGCGUCGGAAGAGCAGCUCCGCGCAUGCUCCGCUCGUGGGGUUCUCCACAGUCGUCGGAAGAACCCGGAGUCGCCAUAUGGCGCAGGCUGGAAGCGCGGGCACAGGGGCGGGAGGAGAACGGAGCACGGGCUCUGCCCUGGCACGCGCACCUUGGCACUACGUCCUGACGCUGCUCUGGCUGUUGUCCCCGACCUCGAGCAGCUCCGCCUGGCACCAGUGGCCGGUGCCCUACAAGCGCUUUUCUUUCCGUCCAGAAUCAGAUCCUUAUUGUCAAGCUAAAUAUACUUUCUGUCCAGUUGGUUCUCCUAUCCCUGUUAUGAAAAAUGAUGAUGUCAUUGAAGUCUUUCGAUUACAAGCCCCAGUAUGGGAAUUUAAAUACGGAGACCUUCUAGGACACAUGAAAAUUAUGCAUGAUGCCAUUGGAUUCAGGAGUACUUUAACUGGCAAGAACUACACAAUGGAAUGGUAUGAACUUUUCCAGCUUGGAAACUGCACAUUCCCCCAUCUCCGACCUGAAAUGAAUGCCCCUUUCUGGUGUAAUCAAGGAGCUGCCUGCUUUUUUGAAGGAAUUGAUGAUAUUCACUGGAAGGAAAAUGGAACAUUAGUUCUAGUAGCAACCAUGUCAGGUAAUUUUUUUAACUAGGAACACAUUUAACAAAUGGCAAAAUGGGUAAAAUGGGACAAAUGAAACAGUAUUUAUUACGAGACAUGGACCGUCCAAGCCAGCCCAGAAAAGGGGCAGAAAACAUGGUUUGAAUCCCUACGACUGUUUCCAAAUUUGUUAAGGACAUAUCAGAAGUUGGCUGAACUUGGAGCAGAGUUCAAGCGAUAAACCAACUAUACAGAAUAUUUUCUUUACAGUGGAACCUACUUGGGAAAUGAAACAUCUAUUUUUGGGCCACACAGGAAACAAGAACUCUUGCUUUAGCCCAUUAAGAGAUUUUAUUACCCCUUCCAACCGCAUUUGUCAACUAAAGAAUUUUUGUUAAGUCGCUUGCAAUUUUUAUACAUAUUUUUGCACAAACAGUUUCUAUCUGUUUAUAAUUUUGAAUAUGGUUUUACCUAUGAAAUCCCCUUUAUUAAAAUAAAUGAAGAAAUCCCUCUACCUAACAAAACUAAACCUCUUUGGUUUAUAAAAUGUUGAUGCUACUGCUCUGGUUUCUCUAAGCCACCAGCAUCUCGAUUUUCAGGAAGUGAUUUUACAUUAUGGAUUUCUUAGGCUUUUCUUCUUGGAAUAUGAAGGUAAAAUUACAUCAGCAGACUUGUUGCAUAUUAACGUCUCAGGACUUUCCUCUUAGAAAGAGAAAGAGAAACUUAUUAUAUUGGCUAAAGUUAGCAUGUUAAGGUGAUCUUGAUUUCAGUCUCCAAGUUGUUGUUAAAAUGGAGAAUUAUGGUUCGUAUCAGAUAUUUAGGAUCUUUGGAGUCAAAAUUUUAAAAUCGUGGAUACGAUAACAUUUUAAAAAAAUAGUAAGUUUCAUGGUGGGAGCUAUUUUUUCCAAUAUGGUAGUUAAACUAUUUUAUUUGAAUAUUUUUUGGUGGUUUAGAUUGACUUUAGUUUUUGUAACUUUUGAAGCUAAGUCUAGUAGUCUGAUUACAUUGUGCUUCAUUCACCUUAACCUUAAAGACUUAUUUGGACACCAUAGCUGGAAUGAUUUUGCUUCCAGAAUGUGGCAGAUACAGUGUUAAAGAGCACAAAUCUGGGGGUUUGAUUUUUGGCUAACAUUUUUGAACUAGCCGGUAACUGGUAUUUUGUGAUUUAUGCAAGUAAACAAUGCUGAAUCAUAGUUUCUUUAUUUCUAAAAUGAUCCGUCUCUCAGAAUUGUAAAGAUUGAAAUCAUGUAUGUUUGGCAUAGUAUGUUCUUAUAAGGGGUAGCUAUGAUGAUUUAAUCUAAGAAUAAAAUGUCAUCCUUGAUCUUUCCUAAUGUAGUCUAAGUGCCAGCCUUUCUUGGGUUUCAUGAUAAUCAUCUAGACUUUGAGCUGAUAGUUCUGUUGUUCUUCAAUCAUUUGAGGCAUGAGAGUGAUCUGGCUGCAGACAUGUCUGGGUAAACAAGUACCCUCUAAAACUUUCACUGUUCCAUGUACGUCUACCUCCUACUAAAUCUGCUAGCUUAAUGGAAGAAGGUGAACUUCCUAGAGAAAGGACUGGUUUUUGUCAAGUAACUGCAAGUAGUUGUGAUUUCAUUAGACCAUCAAACAAGUUUUCAAGGUCCUUUAUGGAUUUGGUGAUCAGUUGAACACGUUCCAUCCGUUCAUGGAAAAAAACACCAGUCAAUAAGAUGAUGAAGCAGAUAUCAAACUGGUUUAAUAUGUAAUAUACCAAUUAUUCAGUUUCAGCUGACAUUGGAGUACUUCCUGGGAGAUUGGUACAUUAUCAUUGAGUUCUCAUGAAAAGCCUAAACGUAGAUAUAAAAUUUACCUGGCCCACAUGAGAAAACUGGGGCUUAGAAAGGUUGAGUUUUCCAAGGCUACUCAGCUAGUAGUAAAGGAGCCACGUUUUGAACCCAGGUUCUCCUGAAUGAAUUGGAUGCCCUUUACAAGUCUCCCAGUGCUACUCAAAGUAUAGUCCACAUACCAGUGCCUGUCCACAAAAGGUUACUAGUCUGGAAGGAGAUAAAUACAAAACAUUGAAUUAAGCAUUUAGAAACUUUAAAGCAAUUUGACAGUGGUUAUGCCUGUUGAAUCUAAUAAAUUGGAGCUUGUAUUUUGUAGUCUUUAAUUUUUCUUAGAAUUCAUUGUUUUUUUUCAAAACUAUAGGCACACAACAGAUUAAAAAUAAAAACCCAGUCCUUUACCCCAGAUAGCUUCAGAUAGCACUAUACCAUUCUGUCUGCUGCACAGAAGUAAAGCCUUCCUCAGAUAAAUAAGGUGUACUUAGUUUCACUGUCUCCCAUUAAGCCUGUCAACUCAGGUUAAUUGUGCCUAAACAUGCCUAAUUAAUCUUUCCUCUUUAACCUGCUAGUUGUCAUCAGAGGAAAUUGCAAAACUUAGAUUUUUGCAUUAUCACCAUCUAGUGGCUAAAUCAGGGCAAUGCCACCAUCUUCAAGAUUCUUAGAAAAAUUUCUUUAGGGAAGCAGUAUUUUGGAUUUUCAGACUGUAUUGGGGUGACAAGCAAAGAUUCUUAGACAAACAAAGACAAGCCAAGUUUGUUUUUAACGGCAAAUCAAAGAAGUGGUUCCAUAACAAAGACAAAAUGAGGAUAUCUGAACAUGGAGCUUAAAUUUUAAAACAAGAUUCUAAUAAAGAAUUAUCCACAAUUUUUUCCUUGUUUCUAAGAAAAUACAUGAGAAAUUCUGUGGAAGUACCAUGUAGACUCAGGUAAUGAUUAGCACAGAAAGCAUAGCAUUCACACAGGCAAGUAAUUUUUAUGACUUUAUUAUACCUGUCAACUGUACUUACAAUAUGAAGUAGGGCUUUAAAGUAGAGAUGAUUCAAGAACAUUUCAAAAUGGUAGUUGGAAAACCCAAACAUGGCUGGACAAGAAUUUGCCAAUUAAAUUUUGCUGUCUCUUUCACCACUGUAUAACUUAAAAUAAAUAUGCUUUCUAUUC